AAGGGCGCCUUUGUGUUGAUCUAAUCUCUCAAAAACAGGGACCGCCUUCGCUGUGCGACAGUUAAAAAGGGCCGAGGAGGGAGGGAGACGAAAUCCUGCAUGAGCGAACCUCCCGCCCGUACACUUUUGAUAUAAAUAUUCGGCCUGCUGUCAAAAACGGCGAGAACGAAGAAAAGGAAAGCACGAAAAAUAUCGGCAAACAUAGCAGGAGGAGGCGGAGGAGGAAAAAAAGUGAUUUCGUGCAAUAAAAUUUCAACAAAAGCUUACAUCCGGUCCGGACCAACGCGGCGGCGUGCGAUACAGCCCGAUAGCCAGUGCAGUGCGUGCGUGCGUGUGUAGUUCGACGGUGAAGGUUUGUUGCACGGUGCCCGAGUUCCUCAGCCAAGUUGGAUCCCAACAAAAUGGACAGUCCGUGUGAGUCGGAGAGCUCACUCGACGGGGGAGCGAUGCUCCCGCCGAGCCCGGUGUCGCGGGAGCAGCUGCAAAAGCGCAUCGAAAGUCUCACCCAACAGAACAAGGUGCUGAAGGUAGAGCUAGAAACGUAUAAAAUUCGUGUAAAAGUCAUCCAGGAGGAGAACCGUGCCCUGCGCCAAGCGUCAGUUAUCAUCCAAGCGAAAGCGGAGCAGGAGGAGGAGUACAUCUCGAACACGCUGCUCAAGAAAAUACAGGCGCUGAAGAAGGAGAAGGAAACGCUGGCGCACCAUUACGAGCGCGAGGAGGAGUGCCUCACGAACGAUCUGUCCCGCAAGCUCGACCAGCUGCGGCAGGAAAAGUGCAAGCUGGAGCAAACGCUCGAGCAGGAGCAGGAGUGUUUGGUGAACAAGCUAAUGCGCAAGAUCGAGAAGCUCGAGGCGGAAACGUCCGCCAAGCAGAACCAUCUCGAGCAGCUGCGGCGCGAGAUGGUCGAGCUGGAGAACACGCUCGAGCAGGAGCAGGAAGCGCUGGUGAACAAGCUGUGGAAGCGCAUGGACAAGCUGGAGGCGGAAAAGCGCUCGCUGCAGAUCAAGCUGGAUCAGCCGGUGUCCGACCCGACCAGCCCAAAAGAGAUCAGCCAUCAUCGCAACGAGAAUGGCAACGACACGGCCACCCAGCUGACCGCACACAUCACCAACCUGCGCUCGGAGGUGGACCAGCUGCGCAGCAACCUGGCGGCGGCCGAGAAGGAAAGUAAGGAAAAGACGCAACAGUUUGCGCACGAGGAGAAGUGCAUACGCGAUGAAAACAAGCGGCUGCAGCGCAAGCUGCAGCAGGAGGUGGAACGCCGCGAAGCCCUCUCCCGGCACCUGUCCGAGUCGGAAUCGUCGCUCGAGUUCGAGGACGAGCGGCUGUUCAAUGAGAACGUAUCGGCACUGGCGAGCCAGCGCCCGAUCAGCCCGGGCGGGCUGACGCGCUGCAUCACGUGCGGGCAGCUGGUGAGCCGGCGGGCCAGUGAGCGGUUUAUCAAGCCGGCCAUACCGCACGGACUGAACACGUCGGCACCGAAUGUGCUUUCCUCGCAUCACUCCACCGGUGGUGGUGGGGGUGGCAAUCUGUUCCCACUGCUCGGUGGCGGAAGCGGUGGCAGCACCGGCGGCGGUGGCGUUGGUGCCGGCUCGCUCAACAGUAGCAUCGGUUCGUCCGCCUCGAACAACACUAGCAGUAAUAUCUCGUUCACCGGCAAUACGUCCUUCGUGCAACCGGCCAGCCCAAUGGAUACCUCGAUGUGCAAGGAUUAAAGUGUCCUGCGACUGUGUGGCUCGCGCGCAGGAUAGAGAACCAGGUUGGUAGCAGCAGCGGCCCGUUCUUUCCCCCUUCCCUUUUUAUCGUAAGCCGGGGAAGCCCAACAGCCCCCGGUGCACCGUGUGCGGAUAUAGGAAGCACAUUUGAAACUGAAGCUUAGCUUUUUCGUCCUUCAAACGCCGAUCGUCGUCAUAGCAGCAGCGUCGUUACAGGGUUUCGCUGCUACACGACUGAACCGUGUCCGAUGUGCAACCAUACGCUUUUCCUCUAGAAAACCGUUUGCCGCAAAACGAUAUUCCGAUCGUGUAUCGUGAGGAAUGGUGACAGUAAAACAAAACGCUGCCUAUAUAAAUAUGCAUACACGCUUUUCCAAAGCGGAUAAAGAUCAGUUAGAAGUUAGCGAUCGCGGCACACAACCCAGCAGCAGCAGCAGAAGAAGAAACCCCUCCAAUGCACGAUCUUAUGCAGAGUGAAUGUAUAACUCGUUCACGCUUUUUCUAUUCUUAUACUUUUAUUUUGUGGUUUAGAUUUUGGGUUUUUUUUUGGAGGGAAUUUAUAGAAGCAAAUCAUUCAGUUCGGCAAACAGUUCGCAACGGACAACUGUUGGUGGGAUCGGUUGGGUGUGCAAGAGAGAGACCUAGUACGGGAGUAAGGAAAAGCAACAAGGACAUACAAAAAAGGAUUAAAAACACGUAAUAUUUCGGAUACUAAUUAUUGUUAGAGAACACUAGAAGCAGUAAACGCAAGUUGUUCGCAUUCAUACAGGAUGGAAAAUGUUCCUCGCUCGCUAAGGAACCUCUUCUUAGCGCCGUAUCGCGUACGAUGAGAAUGAAAGAGACAGAGAGAGAGAGUGUGUUUGUGGAGGUUUGCGUCUAACCAUGAAACAGGUGAAUGUGCGAACGCACACUCAACACGUGCUUCAGAGUAGCUAAUCUAGCUAAAGACAGAAAGGAAAAGAAGCAAAAGGAAUUUAAAAGCGAACUUGAGCAGCGCAGAAGCGAUAAUUUUGGAACUGGAAUGGGAAUUUCGAAGUGAUAAUAGUAGUGGAAUUAUUUUAAGCAAAAAAAAAAACAAAACCAACCCGUUCGUUCUGUUACUAGUUGUCAUAAAGCGUUGGAGAACGGUUGGAUGAUGAUCGGAUCGGAUUCUUCCCUAUCGGAGGGGGUGUCGCCCCAAUCGAAUGGCACGAAACCAGCAACAUAUACCGAAUUUUUGAAAGGUUAACGCAGGGGGGAGUAUAGUUUCUCGAUGAGUUUGGCGGGGGGAAACAAAAAGCCAGCAUAUAGCUAGAACAUUGAAGGAAGCGUAACGCAAAAGUACUUAUAGCAUAACCGAUAGGAAACGGGAUCAUCGUGAUCAUCGUGCACACACAGACAAAUGGGAUGAUUAUGUAAAAGUCCUAUUUUUAUGUUUCGUGCUUUCAUUUUCAUCAUAAACUAAACACAGAGCUCAAUAUGAAAAGAGAUACAGAGAGAGAGAGUAGGCAUAGAAAACCCGUUCAAUAUGAAAUGAGCAGUAUCAGCAAACCUAUUCGCUCUCACAUCAAGAGAAAAUAGUUGCCGUUUAGGCAGCCACUAUUCAGCAGAACCCAGUUGACAAAAGUGUUUUGUCCGUCUCUCUCUCUUUCUUUUUCUCGACGCAUUCGCUGACUCUCUUUCACACGAUCCUACACGCUACACGAUGGAAGUGUAGGGAAGUACGGAUAGAGCAAGGGGAAAUUAUGAUAAAACCAACGAAUAGAACAGAAAAGAAAAACACGAUACAACGUCAAUGCAUUAUAGAUGUUCCCAUCAGCGCCACCAUGAAUGGAGUGCACACAAAAACCACAAACAUAGCAUAUAAAACACAGCAAACGUCUUAGGCUAAUAUGGUCAACAAAAGUCAGUCAGUUAGUCAGGGGAGUGUAUACUAAAAGUUGCAAAACUAUUAGGACUGCAUUUCAGCAAACCCUACAGAACGCUCACUCCACAUUCACGAAACACACUCAAAAUAGUUCCCUUCUUCUCUCACAUCAACUGUUGUUGCCCGCUGUUACACGUUAGUGUUGCGUAGUAUAGAUAACCGGAGCUGCGAAAUUUAUCCCCCCCAUCCCGGCAAGGAUCAUACAUGAUCCAUCCUUACUAUUGCUGAAUGUCCAAUCAAAACAAUGAUCGUGGGUGUAAAUUGUAUAUGUUCUGUGUGUGUGUAUAUGUCAGUGCACAUUAUGGAGACAGAGAGGCAAACAAACGGGAGAGAGUAACAUCCAAUACAUUAUUUAGCAGAACAAAGGUGGGCAUUAAAAAUAGGCAAAUGCAGCGAGUUGCUGUAUGUUUAGGAUGAAAUGCAAUCUAAUGAUGAUGGUAACGCAAAGGCAAGGACGUUCACGUGGCAGGAGCUAUUGCGAGAGAAAGGAAACCUAGAAUUACAUACGCAAACACUAUUUACAAAUAUCUAUCAAACAAGACAUGUUUAGCUAACACACUUCUUAAUCGGAUAUUCUUCUUGUUCUAUUUGCGUAUGUGUGUGUGAUCUGGUGGUUGAUUAUAAUCGAUUUAUUUGUCCCUUUUUUUUCUUCGAUGCAUUAUCAUUCAUUAUACUUACCUGUUUACUCCACCCCACCAAUACCGGGAAACGAGUAUCCCUGCGUUUAGUCAGACUGAUCGUUGUUGUUUCCAACUUCUAUUGCCUUAUUAACUCGUAACGCUCGUUGAUUUUUUUACGCUUGCGCGGCUGUUUUUCUUUGGAAGACGUGAGAAACGAUAAUCAUCAAACUCGUAAGGUAGAGCGUGCCCACCCCGGCUGCUACCACCAUGAUUGUAGGACAUACCAGGCAAACAGACAGACAGAUAAAGAUAGACAGGAGGGAGUAAAAAGCGUACAUACUGUGUUCGGCAUCGUUUCGGCCAUAAAUGUGAUUCCUGUGUGGAGGAAAGCUAUUAAAAUUAAAGUUAAAAUUAUGAACACUGUAAAGGUGGAAAAGUGGUGGAAAGAGCGAACCCUCUGUGUAGGUGAACGUGAAACUAAGACAUGCACCACUGGUAAUCGAUCCACGUUCCGGAGCAAAAAAGUUAUUAAGCACAUGGUGUAUGUGUGUGUGUGUGUGCGUUGGUAUGGGAAGGAUAUUUGGUUUGAAUUUUGCCACCGUUGCGUGUGCCCCACUUCUCUUAACAAGCGAGCAAAACCAGGCAUAUAAGCAGGGAUCGAUCGGGGCGCAAUGGCAGAAUUUCUACAUUAUAUUAAGAAAGCAGCUUACUGUGUAACCAUUCUUAUCUUUAUUAUUACAUUAUCCUUAUUAUAUUAUGA